UGUUCCUUAAUCCGUCCUACAUAGCAAUAUCGUGAAUUUUGUGAUCGUGAAAAAUCCAUGAUGCCUAAUGACAACUCAAUAAGCCAACUGAACAUUUCAAAUCAAGAUGUCAUAGAAGAGAGUCUAAAUACUUCUGAUUCAGAAUUUGACGAUGCUCUUGCUGUGUCUGACUGCUUGGAAAACCAUGAAAAUGGGGAGUCCAGUGAUAAUAUUCAAGGAAAUUGUCAAAGGGUUCAAUCUAAUGACACAGAACAACCGAGGAUUAUACCGUUCACAGGAAUAUAUUCACUGUCUGUAAAGUUUGACAGUCGAAGCUGCGCAACAUUCAUUCCCGGUGAAGAUAUAACUGUAAAGAUAAUAGAUAGCGAGCGCAGUGUUACAACGCAUCCAUUGAAUCCAAAUUUAUACACAAUAGAGUUCAAACAUGGCUCUUUUGUUUGGACCGCUAAGAAAAGAUACAGCGACAUUCAGCAUCUUCAUAACCAAUUAAAGAUAUUCAGGGCAAGUUUGAAUAUUCCAUUUCCGACAAGAAAUCACAGAAAACAUAGAAAUAGUUUGAAAAAUCUUGGAGAUGAUCAAGAGAAGCGACGGAACAGAGGGGCUCUUCCCAGAUUCCCCAACAGACCAGAGAGUCUCGUGGCAAACGAACGAUUACCCCAAAGAAUGGAAAUGCUUGAGAAUUAUCUUGGGAAUUUAUUAAAAAUUGAGAUCUACAAGUGUCAUCCAGAAACAAUUAAAUUCAUGGAAUUGUCACGUUUAUCGUUCAUCGACGAUCUUGGAGGAAAAGGAAGAGAAGGAUUAGUUCUGAAACGCACUGGGUCAGGCACUCAAGCGACCUGUUGCUUUUGGAAUUUGUGGAAACUUAUAGGAUGCUUCCGAUGUAAUGUUUUUUGCACAUCUGUAUGGGGUACCUGGCAUGCGAGACAUCUAGUUGUCAAAGACACAUUUGUGGUGUAUAUCAACCCGAAGGAUGGAACGAUCCAAACUGUCAUCCUGAUGGACAGCGGUUUUGAAGUCAGCUCAGGAAUGUACUCGACGGGAUUGAAGAAUGUCUUGCAAAUCAUGAAUUUAAGCAGACAUAUAGUUUUAAAAUGUCGGUCACGAAGGAAGACAAAGGAAUGGCUCGAAUUCUUGCAGAAUGUCGCCAAUACUGAGGGAAAACAAUUUAUCCAAGAGAAUCCUCACAAAUCAUUCGCUCCCUACAGACCGCAAACACCAGCUGCUUGGUACGUCGAUGGCUCUGAUUACAUGACUGCUGUUGCGGACGCUCUUGAAAACGCUAGUCAAGAAAUCUUCAUUGCUGAUUGGUGGCUCUCGCCUGAGAUUCACUUGAAGAGACCUGCUAAUCACAAUGAUUAUUGGCGUCUAGAUAAAAUACUUCAACGUAAAGCGUUAAAUGGAGUCAAAGUAUUCGUAAUGCUUUAUCACGAUGUCAAACGCGUCCUACAGUUGGACAGUUCCUACAGCAAGCAGAAACUCCUUGAAAGCGGUUCGAAGAAUAUAAAAGUACUUCGGCACCCAAAUCCUAUGCGAGACGGUGUUCUUCUAUGGGCUCAUCACGAGAAAAUCGUCGUCGUAGACCAAACAAUCGCAUUUCUUGGUGGACUCGAUCUUUGCUACGGGCGUUGGGAUAAUCACAAGCACCAAUUAACUGACCUCGGAAAUACUUCUCAUGCCUGCAUCUACACUCCCCGGACAGGGAAUGAAAUAACCACCAGUUCCGGACGAACAUCGAAUAUGGAAAUCCACAAGCACGUUUUGCGAACUUUAGCUGCUAAGACGAACGAAGUUGCUCUAUCGACAACAAAAUUUUUAUUCAAUACACACAAUAAUGAAGAACCAUUCACGAAAAUACCCGAAAGUGAUUCUUCGGAAUUCCAAUGGAAAAACUUCUUUACCAAGGCUCUCGACAAUGUUGCUGGAGUCAAGAGUUGCAUGACGAUAAAAAGAAAAGAGAGAAUGAACGAGGUUCACAGUGCAAAUGAACGCAACGAGGAAGAGGCCGGCAACCAUGAAGUUGAUCAUGUGUUUGUACAAAAUUCUGACGAUACUGAGGGCACGAGCAAUGCGGAUUUUCAUGCCAGUCAUUCUUCGACCGGUGAUACGAGACUCUGGCUAGGCAAAGAUUACACCAAUUCUAUAGUCAAGAAUUUCGAAGAUCUCGAGCACCCUUAUCAGGAUUUGGUGGACCGUAACACAACUCCUCGAAUGCCUUGGCACGAUAUCGGCAUAAUGGUACAAAAUUGUGCAGCAAGAGACGUUGCUCGACACUUUAUACAACGUUGGAAUGCGAUUAAGAUGAAUAAGCCUUAUAAACUUAAUCCGAUGUACCCAUUUCUAUUACCAAAAUCGUACAAAAAUUUUAAAAUUCAUUCAAACGUUGUAAACCAUCCAGCUGUUCAUCAAAUUCGGUGUCAAGUACUAAGAUCCGUUAGUUCCUGGUCCGCUGGAUUUCUGGAACCGGAGACUAAGGAACAGAGCAUUCACGAAGCUUAUAUCGAUGCGAUAACGAAUGCGAAACGAUAUAUCUACAUAGAAAAUCAGUUUUUCAUAAGUCUCGCUACGACGGAUCAUACUUCAGUGCAAAAUCGAAUUGCGGAUACUCUUUUGAAACGAAUACUUCGAGCCGUUAAAGAAAAGGCGAUUUUCCGAGUUUUUGUUGUAUUGCCAUUGCUACCAGGUUUCGAAGGACAAGUCGGGGAGGAUAGUGGGGCUUACCUCCACACGAUAACCCAUUGGAAUUAUGCAUCAAUAUCAAGAGGCAAAGAUUCUAUCAUCGAACAAUUGAGAGCUUCCGGAAUUGCAGAUCCAAGCGAAUACAUUACAUUCCACGGUCUGAGGACUCAUUCACUUCUCAAUUGUACAAUGGUCACUGAGCUCAUUUAUGUUCAUAGUAAAUUAAUGAUCGUCGAUGAUGAUACUGUCAUUUGUGGAUCUGCUAAUAUCAACGACAGAAGUUUGAUUGCGACGAGAGACAGUGAAAUUGCCGCAAUUAUACACGAUGAAGAAUUCACUGAAAACAACAUUGGUGGCGUAACUCUGCAAUGUGGGAAAUUUGCUGGUUCUCUACGCAAACAUCUUUUCCGAGAACAUCUUGGUCUGUUGGAGUCUGACGAAGAAAUAGAGCUGAAUAACAUUACAGACAAGAGCUUUUAUCACGACGUUUGGCAAGCUCGAAGCAAAAAAAAUACAGAAACAUUUGAGCAAGUUUUCCAAUGUAUCCCUUCGAACAAAGUGGCGAAUUUCGCUGCACUGAAACUUUAUCAGAAAGAAACACCAUUAAGUCAAUCCAAUAUUGUUUUGGCUCAAAAGUUACUAGCAAACGUAAAAGGUCAUCUCGUCGACUUGCCUCUGAAUUUCUUAGCCUACGAGACUCUAACACCAGCCACAACAUCUGUCGAAGGAAUUUUACCCACAUCUCUCUGGGUUUAAAAGUAGUAAAAAUUUAUAUUAUCUUUGUGGCAAUAAUAACAAUAAUUUGUGCACUUAACGAUUACUAUCGAAUCGUUAAGUGCACAAAUGUUAUUGCAUUUUUAUCAUGCAUUUUAUAUUUUAUGUGUAUAGAUAAUGAUAGUUUUUAAAGCCUACACUGUGUGGUAAUAUAGUGACUUUGUAGAGGCGACUUUCAACUGAAUUGUUUAAAGUUUUAAAGAUUCAAAAAACAAAUAUCAGAAAGAUCAACCGUUCUGUAUUGAGACAUUAAAACUCAUCGAAAGACGUUUCACGUGUUUCACAGAAAAGCAGUGAAAAAUUUCACGUUUUACACGAUAACUUCGAACAGCUUCUCUAAAGGUUUUCUAUUUCUCAUUUUCAUUCAGAGAGGUAUAAUCAAGAAUUUGAAAAUAAUUCAAAUUGUGAUCUUUCAAUUUAAAAAAUAAGCGAUAUCAUUUGCCAAAUUGACAAUUGCCUGGAGAAACGUCCAGUAAUCAGCGUUCGUGGACAAAUACUAAAAAAAAAGCUUCAUUGUUCGAAUAUAAACACAGUAGCGAUAAUGCACAGUGUUUGCGUCAAGCAUGUCGUCACUGCAUGAUGAUUCGUUCGUCGUUGCGAGUCUAGUAUAGUGUAUGUCAGAUACAGAGCGCAUAACAAAAAUAAGAACAUUUGUUUUGUAAGACGAGCGAGAGUAACGAUAUCAGGAAGAGACAUAAGAAACUUGACGACGGAGCCUGUUAUUCCAUCGAACGAAUCAGUAAUAAUUAAAAGACUCCUACAUCCUUCUGGAAACUGGAA